AUGAUUCAGUUUGACACUCUAGAAUUCUCCUGGCUUUUGAUAUUAUCCUUGGUUGAUAUUGUUUUAAAAGUACAGUACGUAUACUCACUCUACCUUUUACUGACAUUCGCCAUUGAGAAUGGGCACGACGAUGUUGUUUAUCUCUUGAUCGAACAUGGGGUCAACCUGGAAUUUGCACCAGAAGUUAUACGCAUCGACCAGCCUUUGACAAUCGCCGCACAACGGAGGAACUUGCCAAUCGUUCGAGCUCUUCAGAAGGGGUGUGAUCCGUACAUCCAGCAGAAUCACGGUUUUGGUGCGCUCGAUUAUGCCGCUGGCCGAGGGACUGAUCUACUCCCAAUCUUCAUCAAUGCUGGCGUGGAUUUCAAAAGCACAGAAUUUCCAUUCUCGACUGCUGUUCACGCCGGCAACGUCGCAGGUAUUCGAUAUCUUUUUGAAUACGGGAUUUCCCCCGAUGAGUACAAAGCUCGGGAGUCUUUUUUCAAGGCAGCACGAAUGCGGAAGUGGAAGGUAGCGAAGAUUUUUCUAUCAAUGAUUCAUGUCGACGAUCUAGUUAGUCGUGAGUGUAACGCAACUUUUGGCCGUUUCUUCACAGCCGUCGCUCGUUGUGGAUUUGAGGACCAAGUGAAGAAGUGCCUAAACAGAGGACAAACUUCAGAAGGAUCAAACAACAGUAUCCGGACCAGGACCUUGAAUUCUGCACUUCGAUUUGCAGCGGAAGAAGGGCAUUGCAGCAUUUCAAAGUUACUCCUAGACCAUGGAGCAAACGUCGAGGAUCCAGUUUGUCGCGAGUCUGCAAUACUGAGCGCCAUCAAAUCCAAUCAAUACGAAAUAUUCAAAUUCAUGUUAGACAAGUGGACCUCUACUGACGAGGAGUCGUCCAGGAAGUUGUGGCUAACGACUGCACUUUCGGAAGGCAGAGGUGAGAUUCCGCGUGAAUUAUUCCGGCUACUAGAGCGAUGGAAUGUUACAAAAGAAUGGAAGCAAAACACUCUGCUCCCACGGGCUUUCUCCAGAGGCGCAGACACAUUGAACCUGCUGCUUAAUUCCGAUGCGUUCCUCGACCGGAGAACAUGUCACACAUAA